AUGAGAAGAGGAGAGAGCCCCAGCACUGUCAUAUGCUCAUUAUGUGGAGAGGCCUUCACUUUGCCUGAGGAUGAAGUUGACGGCAACUUCCCACGUGUGCUUUUAUGUGGCCAUGUCUACUGCACAUUUUGUCUGCUGUCCAUUCAGUGUGACAGUGUCAUUAGAUGUCCAGAGUGUGAGGUUGAGUCAACUCUUCCUGAAGGUGGCGUGUAUAAUCUGCAGAAAGACAGCAGAAUUAUUGACCUCAUCUACACUGCUAAAAUGAACAAGAUGAAAAGAUCAAAGAAUCGCAGAAGGAACAAAUUAGCAUCAUCCACAGUCAUUAAUGCCAGUACCAAGGACAUGCAGCAGCCAGCUGAUGUUGAGAAGAUUGAGAAGGCGGUGGAUGAGGCAUUGGCCUAUGCUGCAGAAAAUCUUGCCCAGCUGGAUCACAUCCAUGAGACUCUGACAAAUGGUCUGAAAGAGCAGGUGAAGAGAGAUGAAGCUCGGCUGGAGAUGGAGAUCAAGCAAGCUGCAGACAAGGCUUUACAUGCUAUCCAAAAGUGGAGGGAUGUGCAGUUGAAUCAGUUGACAAAACUGGAGGCACAGUUCUCCACCAGCCAAGCGGAAGUGUGUCGUGUCCAGGAGAGGAUGAGGGCCCUGGAGGUUGCCAUGCAGAUGGCCAGUGAGGUACGCCGCUUUCCCUUCCUGGAGCAGUACUGCGCCCUGGAUGAGGUUCUGGAGACGUUGCAGGCUCCUGUGGAUAAAAAGUCCUUCGAUGUGAAAUGCAUUACUAUGGGCUCUGGAAUGAGGUUUGUCACCUGGUGCAAUGUUUCAGAAGUUCUCAACCAGAGUCUGGCAUUGUCUCUGAAGAUGGAAGUCAGCAACCCAAAGCACUUGUCGGAGUCUCCACCCAAAUGCUACCAGCAGGGCAUCUCCAACAGAAAGUCAGCCUGGCAACACGCAGAAGGCAGGAACAGUGUCUGUAUCCCACCCAGUCACAACAAACCCCCCACCCCAAAAAAACAGGGCAGGGCUAACAGCCCUUCGUCGCAAGGCUCCUCUCCAAGGCCAAAACCUCGUCGCAUGUCCAGUCUUUCUUGCCAGAACUCAGGCUCAGACACUGGAACUCCAGAUGUAAUUAUUGAGGAAAUUUUAGACAAAGGACAUCAGGAUGCUAUACCAGCCACUGGCCCUGAGCUGGCUUAUGGCAAAUGGAGAAGCCACAGGAGAACAAAAGAUCAGUUUUUUGGCAGAAAGAGAACGGACACCCCGUGGGUGGUUGUGACCCACAUUGUGAAUCCAAGUCACUUCUACAUACACUAUCUGGCGGAGAAGAGGGAACGUGAGAUCCUGUCUAAGAAGAUCAACCGCUUCUGCUCCAGAGAUAGUUGCCACUUCACUGCUAGUGAUACAGUGGAGACUGGCUCCAUGAUCUUUGUGAAGUGGGAGGAGGGACUCUGGUGCCGGGCCAGUGUGGUCGAAGUCUCGCAGUGUGGCUGUGUGGAGGCUGUGAAAGCCUGCAAAGUCGCACAACUGGCCAGUAUCCGAGUCUUCUUCCUUGACAAUGGCCUCACCAAAAGUAUCACCGUACAGAGUGAGGAGGGUACCACUGAGACUUCACUGAAGGUUGUCAACAACCACCUGAGGAAGAUGAGUGAAGCAGUAAAUGUGGAGCUGGUUCACUUUGCUCCUCAGGCCAUCAGAUGUUCCCUCAAAGACCUGGUCCCAUAUGACCUGACUAAAGGCUGGAGUGAAGAGGCACAGGCUGAGUUCUCCAGCGUGGUCGGUUCCGCAGCGGUGAAGAUGAGACCUUUGGGUCAGGACAGAGACUCUUUGUUGGUGGACCUGAAGAAAGCGCCCAUGGACCAAUCCAGCGAUGUGUCCAUAUCUGUCAGAGAGUACCUUGUUUUCAUUGAAGUGGCCAGGUUUUAUUCUCCAGUGACUUUGGACAUGAGGCCCCUGCUGUACUACCCUCCUGUCUUUCCCAAGAUCAACACAGUGCUCAAUGCUGUGGUGUCCCACAUCAACAACCCUGCCGAUUUCUACAUCCAGCUGGUGGACAACAUGGAGUUCUUGUUACUCUCAGCUAAGCUCCAGGAUCAUUACAGUGAGACAACAGUGGCUGGACAAGAUGACCUCAACAUCUACUGCCCUGUGAUAGGACAGGCCUGUGUUGCCCGCUAUGACAAUAAGCUGUGGUACAGAGCUGAGAUCAUAGGUGAGAGUCACCCAGGGGGUAGAAAAGUGGAGGUGCGGUAUGUGGACUUUGGCAAUAAGAAAAUCUUGUCAGUCAGUGACUUGAGGAAGAUCAAGGAUGAGUUCUUUGCUCUUCCUACAAUGGCAGUCCACUGCUGUUUGUCAGAUGUGAUUCCUCUGGAUGGAGGGACCUGGAGUGAGGCCUGCACCAAGAGAUUGAUCAGCCUGGUGCAUCAGAAACUGGUCACGAUUGUAGCUACAGAAAAAGUCCCUAAGACUGAGCCUCAGCCAGUCAAACUAUUUGAAAACAGCCUGAACGGAUCAACAGCCAACAUUGCUGAGCUGCUGGUCAAAGAGGAGCUGGCCAGCUUCAAAGAGGGGCCCCCUGGUGAUGACUCCACCAUAUGGGACCCUCCACUUGAGCUCGGUUCGGCAAUGGAGGACGUCGAUAAUUCGGAUCAAAAGAUCCCCGGUGAGCAGGACGAGGAGCUGCUGGAGUUUCAACCUCAGCUGAGGCUCCCUGUCCAACUCAAAGACCUAAAAGUGAGAGUCAGCCACGUCAGCUCACCGAGCAGCUUCUACGUCCAGCUCACCCAGUACGAACCAAUGCUCAAAAGGAUAUGCGAGCUGGUAAAGCAGGAGUGUGGGCUUACGGAGCCCCAGGAUGUGGUGUGGAAGGCAGACAUGUACUGUGCUGCUCACAUUAACGGGGUUUGGGAGAGAGGACUGAUCUGCUCUGAUGUCACAUCCAGCAGCAUUGCAGAGGUGAUGCGCUGUGAUCAUGGCAACACGGUGAAGCUCCACACCAGCCACCUGCGACCUCUUCCAUCCUCUUUGAUGGGCUGUUUUGCACUGGAGUGCACUCUCACUGACAUUAGGCCAGCAGGAGGCCGAUCCACCUGGACAGCAACAGCCUGCGACUUCAUCUCCUUCUACCUGACGGGAGCCUCAGCUGUUAUGACCAUCAAGGAGUUGACAGAUGAGCGUCCAGUACCUGUCACUCUGUUCUGCUCCAACAAGAUGGGACAGUUGAUCAGCAUUGCAGACUUUCUAACCAGCGAGGGCCUCGCCCUGAGGGAAAGAAAACCAAGGUCUGUGUGUCCAAAACCAGCACCCCGCACCAUUAUGUCUGCUGAGAAGGUGAAGACUCCGUUGUACCAUCCACCGGAGCUGCCAUGCCUCGGUCACAUCCAGAUAAAUGUAUCUGCCAUCGGAGACGACGGUCUCAUUUACACCAGAACACAGAACGCAGAGUCUCAGCUGGGGCAGCUAAGGGAGAGGAUUCAGCAGAGCAUGAAGACACUGCCCAGACAGAAGCCCUACACCUGGAAAUCGGUCCUGGGCUGUGCUGUUAUUGGACCUGACAUGUUGUGGUACCGGGGACAGCUGCUGGAGGUGCUGGGAGGACAUGUUAAGGUACAAUAUGUGGACUACGGCCUGGUGGAGAACAUCCCAGUGGUCCAUGUGUACCCCAUGCUGCUGUGUGACGAUGUUCCUGCACUCUGUUUUCCCUGCCAGCUUCACGGCAUCAACCCUGUCGGCGGUAGGUGGCAGCAGGAUGCCAUAGCCUUGCUGAAGGAGAUGUUGGUGAACCGCUGUGUGGACAUGCAAAUCAUGGAGCUUUCAGCUGACCCGAGGGAACCCCUCACAGUUGAGCUCUUUCUGGGCGGGAUGAGCCUCAGCAGGAUCCUGUGUCACCACGAACACGCCACCAUGGAUCAGACUGUCUCAGCACAGAAGGGACACUCAGUGACGUCUCAUGGCCCCUUCCUGGAUGACUGGGACAUCAACACUGAGGGUCUGAGGGGCCCGGAGGAGCCAAUGCUGGGGCCCUUUAUCUACCCAGAUGUUCCACAGGAGGGAAAGCAAUUUCAAGUCAGGGUCAAGCACCUGCGGACCCCCAAUGAGCUGUUCUUGUGGCCUUUGGAGGGAACAGCAGAAGUGGAGGUGGACGGAGAGAGGCUGGGCGAUGUUCUGACCAGAAUCAACGCAAACAUCAACAGUCUGCCGCGACUCACCAGCUUCCCUCCAGGUGGUGCGUGUCUGGCAGAAUACAGUGAUGGGAAGUACUACCGGGCCAAGCUGUUGGAGAUCGCCAGCAUGGAUCCCGUCACGACCCUGGUCCAACAUGUCGACUUUGGCUCUGACGACAUUCUGCCCGUCAGCAAGCUGCGCCAGAUGCCGGCUGAGCUGCUCAGGUUUCCGUUGCAGGCACUUAAGGUCAAAGUCGCUGGCUUCAAGGCCCCAGGUGUCAACAGUCAGGAAGAUGUGCUGCCCUACAGCCCUGGGUGGAGUGUGAAGGCUGCAAUGGACAUGAUCGACCUGUUACACAGCAGCAUCACAGCCUUGGUUGUGGCCUGGGAACCAGAGCUCACAGUGCAGCUGUACAACAAGGAUGGAGAGCUGGUGCAUCUGCCUCUGGUGAGAAGCGGACUGGCUGAGCUCGAGUGA